AGCUCGGGGCGUGCAGGCGGCUGCAGGCGCGGCGCGUGCAGCGCCCAGGCCCAGGGCCCGCCGGAGUCAGCGGGAGUCGGUCCCCCUCGCAGCCCCUCGCCCUCCCCCCAACCAACACCCCAUCGUCUCCUUACGGCGCGGACGUCCGGUGCGCGGAAGCAAGGUCUGGAAGAUGGCAGAGCCGUCGGGCCUCUUCCGAUGACCCAGAGCAGCUGUCCAGCGGGUGCCGCGCUGGCCAGUGGCAUCCUAAGCAGCUGGGACCGUCCGCUGCUUUCUCACAAACCUCCUAAUUCAUGAGCCAGCAGGAUGAGGUCGCUGCGCUUUCAGAACGCCUUCUCAUAGCUGCGUACAAAGGCCAAGCAGAGAAUGUGGUUCAGCUCAUCAACAAGGGCGCCAAGGUAGCGGUUACCAAGCAUGGCCGGACCCCCCUGCAUCUUGCUGCCAACAAGGGCCAUCUCUCUGUGGUCCAGAUCUUGCUGAAAGCUGGCUGUGACCUCGAUGUCCAGGAUGAUGGGGAUCAGACAGCCUUGCACCGGGCUGCAGUGGUGGGACAUACAGAUGUGGUCGCUGCACUCAUCCAGGACGGCUGUGCGCUGGACCGCCAAGACAAGGAUGGGAAUACAGCUCUGCACGAAGCCUCCUGGCAUGGCUUCAGCCAGUCAGCCAAGCUGCUCGUUAAAGCCGGAGCCAAUGUGCUUGCCAAGAACAAGGCCGGGAACACAGCGCUGCACCUGGCCUGCCAGAACAGCCACGCCCAGAGCACCCGCGUCCUCCUGCUGGGCGGCUCCCGCGCCGACCUCAAGAACAACGCAGGUGACACCUGUUUGCACGUAGCAGCACGCUAUAAUCAUGUGUCCAUCAUUAAGCUCCUGCUCAGCGCUUUCUGUUCUGUUCACGAGAAGAACCAGGCUGGAGACACAGCCCUUCAUAUUGCUGCGGCCCUCAAUCACAAGAAGGUGGUGAAAAUUCUCCUGGAAGCUGGAGCAGAUGAGACCAUUGUCAAUCAUGCAGGCCAGACCCCACUGGAGACUGCGCGCUACCACGACAACCCCGAAGUCGCUCUUCUCCUCACCAAGGCUCCCCAGGUCUUGCGCUUCAGUCGUGGGCGAAGCCUGAGGAAAAAGAGAGAAAGGCUGAAGGAAGAGAGGAGAGCUCAGUCGGUGCCAAGAGAUGAGGUGGCCCAAAGCAAGGGAAGUGUCUCUGCGGGAGACACCCCUAGCAGUGAGCAGGCUGCUCCCAGAAAAGAAGAGGCUCGAGAAGAUAUCCUGUCUGCAUCCCCCGAACCCCGAGCCAAGGAGAACAGGCGGAAAAAGCCCAGGCCCAAGGUGUCCGCGCUUUCUGAUCCCACACCACCGGCAGACCAACAGCCAGGGGCCCAGAAGACCUCGCACACUCACAGUCGCCAGAAGAAGCGGCCCAGGCAUCGUUCCUCGCCACCCCCUCCCCAUGAGUUCAGAGCCUACCAGCUUUACACUCUGUACCGGGGCAAGGAUGGAAAAGUAAUGCAGGCACCAAUAAAUGGCUGUCGAUGCGAACCCCUAAUCCACAAGCUGGAGAACCAGUUGGAGGCCACAGUGGAAGAGAUCAAAGCCGAGCUGGGGUCCGUUCAGGAUAAAAUGAACACCAAGCUGGGCCACAUGGACAGUAAGACCCAGCACCAAAUGCGUGUUCUGGACAAGCUGAUGGUUGAGCGUCUCUCAGCAGAGAGAACGGAGUGUUUGAAUCGCCUACAGCACCACUCAGACAUGGAGAAGCAUGAGGAAGAGAAACGACAGAUGUCCUUGGUGGAUGAGUUAAAAACAUGGUGCAUGUUAAAGAUUCAGAAUUUGGAACUGAAGCUUUCUGGAGAUUCUAGGGCCUCUAGGACCAAGUCUAUCCCGUCUACUUGUGAGUCCUCAACAGCAGGUGUGGAUCCAUUGGUGGAGACCGCAGGAGCCCUGGCAGCUUCUGACAGUUCCCCUCAGGUGGUGAGACCCAAAGAAAAAGCCACCAACCCCACUGCGGCCCACAGGCUCCAGCCAGAGCUGUCUUCCUCAGACUGCACGGGCUCUCAGCCCAGGAAUGCACGGGUACAGACCCAGAAAGACGCAGACAGGAGGGACCACAGGACACAGGGCCCCUGUGUACACAGAGGCACCCAAACCAAGAAGUCUGGGAAAAGUGGGCAGGCUAGACAUCGAGUCCAACCCCUGGCCCCCUGCCCCCACAGUGGGCAGCCAGCAGUGGGCAAUGAACAGGGAGCCCAUCACAUCCGUGAUACCUCGCAAGCCCUGGAGCUUACACAGUACUUUUUUGAAGCUGUUUCCACCCAGAUGGAGAAGUGGUACGAAAGGAAGAUUGAGGAAGCACGCAGCCAAGCCAGUCAGAAAGCCCAACAGGAGAAGGCGACCCUGAAGGAACACGUUAAAAGUUUAGAAGAGGAACUUGCAAAAUUAAGGACCAAGGUGCAGAAGGAAAAUUAGGACCCUGGGAAAAAGACAUCUUGAGGAUUUGCAGUUAUUUUGCCACUGCAGAAUAACUUUGCCCAAAGUUUCAUAUACUGUGCACCUGAUAGCCCUGCGCUAAAAAUUUUAAAAAUAAAAAAAAGAAUAGAUAAGGACUCCUUUCUAGAAUGUGCCAGACACAUGCUUCCCAUGCCCUCCUGGGAUGAAGACUUGGACAAUUGAAGCCUGGAGAGCUUGCUCGGUUUCAGGUUUUAUUACAAGGGCCCAACCUCAGUCCAGGUUCAUUUGAAGUUCAAAAGCUCAGAUGAAGCGAGCCACUCACACUAAGAGCCGAAUGGUGUGUAAGCCUAAUCCCUAAAUUCAGAACCUAUGAAAUAAUGUAGAUCAAAAGCAAGAAAGAAAUGAGCCCCUCAUGAAUUCAGAUCAAGUAAUCACUCUUAACACACCUGCUGGGCCCAGACAAGCGUUUUUCUGUUGAGAGAGCUGUAACUGAGAUGCACUAGUCAACCCCUUCUCUUUCUCUCAGUUUGUUAUUUUCAAAAGGCUGACAUUUUAACAAGGUUAAUCCUUAGGAAAGACUUUCGCGGGGUAUGAUUUUUACAAUAUCGCAAGACCCAAUCUAUCUUAAAGUAUUUUGAAAAGUCAAUGUAUUUAAAUACUGAGUAAUUAGCUAAUAGCACUGGGAAUGUUUAAUCAUGUUCUCAGGUGAGAAAGAAUCCAACCAUUUAAUCAUGACUUCUAUUUCUCUUCAGCCCAAAUACA